AAAAAUUGUGGCCCGGGGGGGUCCCAAUCCGGACCAUAGCUAGCGUUAAAUUAGAUUGAAUUUAACUCCACCGUUGGAUUUCAGACUUACUCUUCUCCGUCAUCUCUCUCACAUUCAUUCAAGCCUUACACAUCACCACCAAUUCAUCGACUCAAGCCCUGGACUCAACUCCGCCUUCGUCUCCCUCUUUCUGGCGACUUGCGAGUUGCGACCACCAUCACCACCAUCGUCUCCUUCCUCUUUUGCUUUGGCUUUGCUGGAUUUUGGGUCUCCUUGUAGGCAAAGAUCGAGCUGGCUCAAAUCUAAUCCCCAAAGUCAGCAUGGUUUUGUACCAGGUGAUGCUGGAUUGUAUCGAUGCCAAGAACUUGAGUGGUAGUGGCGGCAUGGGGUUUGGACUCACCCCUCCGUCUAAAUUUAGCAGUGGACACUUGCCCUCCAAUGUCAUACUGGUUCGAACAAUUCCAGCUGUUAAGGAUGGGAGUGGGUCUGCUUCUGAUAAUGACGGAACCAUUGAUUCAGAAGAUGGAGUUUAUGGAGGCAGGUACUCGCUGGAUUUGUCACUGCAAGAUGAUAGGGUUCUAAGUGGUGCUGCUCAUAAGUAUGGGAAGCCGUCGCAAGGGCAGACCAAUUAUGGUAGUGAUUCUACUUACUCAGACGUCAGUUCCUUGAUGUACACUGUUGUGGGGAGACAGAAACCAGUGCAGUCUAGUUUCCAAACUCAAAAUCCUUCUACCCAGCUCGCCCCGUUCCAUUACAUUUUAAAAUGAGUACGGUCCGAUUCCUUUAAAUUUGGGCCCAACUUGGCCGUGCCCAGCCCUACACCCACCAUUCUUAUUUUCCCACAAACUUUUAAUGAAAUUUUUAUGAUAAAUUUAUUCAUUUAUAAAAUGCUACGAAGACCUAAACAAAAAAAAUAAAAUAAAACAAAGGGUUUAAAAAAUUUUAUGCACUUUUGCUCAC